AUUCAAACACCCUUAAUUUUCACUAUUGUUUGAACUUUGAAUCCUCAACAGACUAAAAGUCGUCGGAGCUCUCUCCCGAAUUCGUAAUCAAACCCUUCACGUCUAUCGCUGCGGAUUUUGGCUGCCUCGAGCUUUGAUCCCACGGAAUAAGACGUCGCAACUGAUGAUAUCUUCUUCGAAGGAGGAAGAUCAACCCACAUCUACUAAUGAGGACCGUGAUCAAUCCACAUCUGCCAAUGAGGACCGUGAAACAAAUUGUUGGGGUUGUGGGCUUCGUGUUAGCGUUGCUGCUUAUGCAUCAGCUUUCAAAUGCGGCUGGUGUGGAGCUAUAACUAAGGAACAUGUGGUGAAAAGUGAUAACAUCCGAUUGAGACGCUGCCUCGACCGUUUUUUUGUUACCAUUGUCAUUUCAUUCAUGCUAUUCUUUAUAUGUGCUGGUGUUUGGGCUGUUUAUCCUAUCAUCUUCUCUGUUAGUUACUUCCGUGGUGUGUUUCACUUGGCCAUUAUAGCGAUAUUGUCUAUAUGUACUUUAUCGUCAUUUUGCCUCUCGGCAUUUCAACCUGCUGGUAUUCCACCACUGAUAAUCUGGGGUAGCUUUCCAGCAGUGGGGCAAGGUGGACUAGACAAUUAUACCUUCUGCCAUUAUUGCUCAAAGCCAAAAUCACCUAUGGCGCACCAUUGCCGUUCGUGUGGGACGUGUGUAUUGGACAUGGAUCAUCAUUGCCCUUUUAUUGGGAACUGUGUUGGUGCUGCAAAUCAUCGGUGUUUUAUCCUCUUUCUUUUAUCAACAGUCAUAAGUACAUUUUAUGUUACUAUUAUGACUUCCUAUUCUGCACUUCAAAUCUGGCCGCAUCCGGAGAAUGAACCUGUGAUCCGGUUGAGUGGAUAUGCUAACCCCGAGUUAAUGUUUGGAGUUUGGAAAAAGACAAUUUUGGCCUUCUUGAGUGCAGCAGUGUUUCUGCCUGUGAGAGGACUUGUUCUAGUUUAUCUAUUUCUUUCUAGUUUGUCAGUGAGCAUUGGUUUGAGUGUGCUGUUGUGGCAGCAGCUUAGUUACAUAUAUGUUGGAAAGACUUACUUGAGUCAUCUAAGAGCAGUAGACAGUGAAGAAGUGAUGGAAAGAGAUUGCCAAAAUCUUGCAAGAUUUUUUGGCUGCCCAUCUACGACAACAGCAUAUUUGCCAAGUUAUUGGAAGUCACGGAAAGCUCAUACGAAGUGAAGCUGAGAGGUUGGAGAAAAAGUGUUGGUAACUCUCUAUAUCUCAUUCUGCUCUCCACACCCAAGAUUAAUUUAAUCAGUAUAUGUCCAACUCUCAAACUCAAUAAUUGCAACUGAGUUUGGGCGACGAGAACAAAACAUCUCUUGUGCUCUCUUCAAACGCGUGCUUCAUUACUUCUUCUGUGUUCGGUGAUCAACAGCUGAGACAAAAUCCUGACUGCAUACUACUUCAUUUCGGUAUGAAGGCUUCCAUCUCUCUGUGUGUGUCUGUCUGUCUGUCUGUUUUGUGAUAAGAUACUACAGAGCUCAUUGCAAAACAAUGUACUAAAUGGUUGAGCAAACUUGUGUUUCAGCUUAUGUUAACUGUAAUUCCACCAUACACCCCUAUUUGUUAGGCAGGAAAGCAAACUUGUGUCUCAGUUUCUUCCUUGCGGUUCUUUAUAGUAUUGGAUUGUUUACAA